AUGUCUUUGUCGAUACCAGGAGAUGAGUCGGACGCUAAAGUUGUCACGUCGAGUGCAUCGAAUAUCGAUUUGACCGGUAAAUAUUCACUCAUUGUGAGCACUUCUAACAUUGAAAUCAUGCAAUUUCUCAAUCAACAGUCCCAAUCCUCAAUGAAACUGUAA